AUGACUGUUCAGUGUUUGCGACCUGGAGCUCCCGUUYAUCCAGGCGCCCUGGACGUCCCCUGGCAGGAUGAGCUGUGCUGUGACUCACCUACUGCUUACACUUAUAUAGAAGAAGGGACGAGCCAGUCUGAUCUAAACYUCCCACAGUCUCCAAGCUGCAAAUUUAGGAGCUCCUCAGCUGAAUCAAAACCUCCAGGCGGCACCUGUUUGGACGUUCUGUGCAGAUUUGAUGAAUCCUGGUCAAAUUUAACUUGUGAUCUUAAGUCCAGUGGCCUGUCAUCUGGUUUAAUGAAACCCAUUCGUACGGCUGUCAGCCUCCAGAAGAUCUCUCCGGAAAACGACACAGAUCACCAUGCGUCUGAACAUCAGGUUGUGUGUGAUGCAGAGGAUUCACUUAUGUGCUCAAUUCAUCUCAAUUCAACAAGAAUCUCUGCCGUUUGGCUAACGGUCAACGUCUCCAAUGUUUUGGCUCCACCGGUUUUGCUGAGAAUUUCUCCCAGAUCUGUGAAACCAAGUCCUCCAUUCAACCUGUCACACUCUCAGACUGUGGAGGGAGAUCUUAUUCUCAGCUGGAAAGAGCCAUUAGACUUUAGUGAUAAUUUGUUGGCCUAUGAAAUCCGAUAUUCCCACGAAAAUACCAACAAGAACACCCAUAAAAACUGGCAGGUGGUGUCUGCACUUGAAAAGCCCAAUGUGUCACUGGAUUUGAAACCCUUACUGAAGUACACCAUCCAGGUUCGCUGCACCACGCAAACUCAGCCUGAGCUGUGGAGCGACUGGAGCGACCCCUACUAUAUCACCCUGAACAAGGUGAGCUACAUCCCUCAAAAGGUAGUGGCACGAGCCGGUGAUAAUGUAACGGUUUAUUGUGUGCUAAACGGCCAGAGCGCCAACGCAAAUACGGCCAUGUGGUCCCUCAACCGAAGGGAGCCGCUUGAUCCCAGUUUGUAUCAUCCUGUCAACCAGCGGGUCAGCCAGAUCACAUUCACAGCUUCAGAGACUGGGUUGUCUGACCUGCUGACCUGCACACAGGAGUGGAAUAUUCCUUAUAGCAAGAUCUAUGUGGAAGGAGGAUUCAUCAGCAUYACGUGUGUAACCAACGGUGACAUUGACACUAUGACCUGCAGAUGGGAGAAUAAAGAGUGGGAAAUAGUCAAAUUGCGGUCCAAGAGUGCYGAGAUGUCAUGUGACGAGAUGGAGGAAAGGGUGAGAGGUGGCGAGGACGUUGGUGAGAUGGGACAUGAAUGCAUGCCAAUCAAAACUACAGAGAAAUUCUGCACGUUCCACCCUUUGAAGAUGAAUUGCUACAAACUGUGGCUUGAAUUGCAUACCCGCCUAGGUGUCAUCAGGUGCAAACCUGUCUAUGUGUCACCCAUAAAUCAUGUAAAACCUUACCCUCCCACUGAUGUGACGGCGGUGAGCCGGAGCAGUGGGAUCCUGAGGGUAUCUUGGAAACCGCCUUCUCUGCCGGUCGAAGGCCUGCAGUGUCAGUUUCGKUACUACUUACUCGGUGUUUUAGAGAAAUGGAAGUUUGAGAAGCCUGUGUGGGUUCCCUGGGCCGAGGUUGAGGUACCAGACAUGUGCCAGAUCUACGUGGUUCAAGUACGCUGCAUGCACACCAGUGGGAUCGGAUACUGGAGUGAAUGGAGUGACCACUCAAUCAAGGCUUGUCAAGAGCAAACUCCUGAACGUGGGCCUGAUUUCUGGAGAAUACGUCAAGAUGAGCCAGACAGAAACCAGUCCAACAUCACUCUGCUGUUUGAGUCUUUCUCAGCAAACUGGAAUACCUACUGUKUGGAUGGAUUUAUUGUCCAGCACCAGGCGUCGAAUGGAUCUGUGCUGAGGAGGCAGAUCGAUAUGGUGUCCUCCUACAGCUUUGAGUGGAACCAGGAGCUCCACAUUGUGACUGUGGAAGCCUACAAUAGUCUGGGGAGCUCUGUUAACAACGUCAACAUGACGCUGGAGAAACAACCUAAACGCCGCUGUCUCCAUUCAUUCCACGUUUUGGUUAUGAACAGCACUUGUGUAUCCCUGUCCUGGAGCCUGUUGCAUAUCAGCUCUGUCCCUCUCUUCAUGGUGGUUCAGUGGUUCCCAAGGAAGCAGCAGGACUUUGAAGACUUUGGUCUAAGUAAAAGAACGUGGGCCAAACUGUCCUACACCGAACCUCCUACCCAGUUACGAGGAGAUUUCUUUAGCUCAGAGGAGUACGCCUUCCACUUGUACCCCGUGUUUGCUGAUGGAGAAGGAGAACCAGUUGUUACAAUAGUUAAGACAGGAAAUCCUCCAGCUUACAUGAUGCUGAUGUUCAUCUCCCUCCUUUGCAUUGCCGUGUUUGUGACCCUGGUUCUCUCCCAAAACCAGAUGAAAAAAUUUGUGUGGAAAGAUGUUCCAAACCCGAACAGGUGCUCAUGGGCAAAAGGACUAGACUUUAAAACGAUGGACGGCUUUGAGUACCUGUUCCGACCUCCGGAGGGUCUUCAAGCCWCUCCGCUGGCCCCUGAGAAGAUCUCAAAAGUUACUGUUGUGAAUAAAACUCUGACAAAGGCCUUUGUCCAAACACCAACACUCUUGGCUCCUCCCUCUGUUGUUGCUUCAACUAACUCCUUCCUGCCUUGUUUGGACCCAAGGACUGGCCAGUUGCUGGAGUGUGAAAUGGCCCUUGGUAGCGACACUAGUCCAGAUCCCUUAACUACUUCAGACAUAAUCAUAAAUGAGCUACAACCAGUCAAUGCCUUGGUGGAGCAGAGUUCAGGAACCACUAACAGCUCAACCCAGUCUGCKGUCACAUACUCCAAGGUCCUGCACACUGAUACAAAUCCAGAUCAUCCACCUCUUCAUCUCCACUACAAGGAGGGAAGUAGGAGCAGCUACAGUGAUGAGGGAAACUUCUCAGCCAACAACUCAGAUACCUCUGAAACUUUCCCUGGUGGACUGUGGGAAGUCGACAGCUAUCAUGGUACAGAAUCGGAUGACCCAAGGCGAUCCUACUCCUACAACUCUGAAAAAGAGCUUUCUGAAGCAUCAGAGCAAGAAGACGACAUAGAUGUGGGUCAAAAGAAGGCCUUGCACUAUCUCRACAUYGGACAUCCWCCAGAGGAYGAGGAAAAUGAGGAGGAGGAGUCACAGACUGAGCUUCUGAAAAGCGCACAUUUGAUCAGAGAGGACUGUUCCGUAGAGUUGUAUCCUUUGCUCAGCCCAGAUGAGUCGACGGAUCCCAAGACGCUGGUGCAAGUGUCGACUUGUAGUUUUGCCUCUCUGUACAUGCCUCAGUAUAGGAAGCCUGACGUAAAUCACAUCCCGCACACAUCUCCAGCCACAAGGGGGCAGAAAAGCGUCACCAGCCGAGUUUGUAAGCGUCAUUUCAAUGAUGUCAGGGGAAAACGGUGCUUCCAGGCUCUGUCUUGUUUGCCAUAGAAGGACAUGGUGGUGAGAAGUUUUGCUGCCUUUGGCAAAGAGAAGCUACAAAUCACAGAGGCUGGAUGCCUGACGGAAAGCUGCAGAAUCGGAUACAACCGAGAAAAUGGGAGGUUGUUUUUGCUAAUGUGCUGAAAUGUCAUCCAUGAUGAGAACAUUUUAGUAUUGUUGUUUUUAGUUCAAGAUUUAAUGAURGAAAAACUCACUUCAGGCCACAUUCCCUGAAGAGGCCAGGGAUGAUAUCUCGUGACUAAUCUGGUAAAGAAACAUUUUGUGGACGUCUGUUCUCCUUUGGGAUUUCUGUUCACUCUGARAUCGAUCCAGAAAGUGACAUUUUGCAGAAUAGUUCAAGUUCCAUCAGAUUUGAUAGAGGAUAAAACCUGCAGCCAUUUCAGUAAUUGCAGUAGCAUGUGUGUGUUUAUUUAUCCAUGUCUUUAACAUGUGUAACAUUAUGGUUUUGCUUAGUACUCUACUUUUCUGUCAUGAUGUUUUUGUUUCCUUAUUCAAAGUUUUCUUUUAUAAAUCCAUUUUCCUUUUCCCUCAAGAGGCAAUGCCUACCAUGUUGUAAAUUAAUUUCUUCUGCCUGGUUAAGCAAAUACUUCACAAAUAAAAAAAAUAAAACAUU